AGAAGAGGAGGCAACUUUUUAUUCGAGCUUGGCUGAUUUAUAUGCAGAUUACGAUCAGUACCUAAGCAACACGUUCGACUACCACGGGAAACAAGCGCUUUUAGAAGCUGCAAUAGCAUGGAUCUCGUGAACUUAACUCUUCGUUCUCUCAAAUUGGAAGACGUGCAAGCAUCGAGGGAGAACUUCUUGCAAGUCGAGCGUGACAAUGUCACAGAGAGAAACGAUACUAUCGGAGAGCGAAGAUGCAGGCUAAAGGAAAAGUCGCGCGAUGAGCUUCGGACAAUCAAUUUAGCCGAGGUUGCCUGGCACGACACUCCUGACAACUGCUGGCUCGUGAUCUACGAUUACGUAUACGAUUGUACGGAGUUUUUGAACAGUCACCCAGGUGGCCAGGAUAUUCUCCUAGAAUAUGCUGGACGAGAUGCGACCUUGGCGUUCAUUUCAACUGGUCACUCUGCCGUCGCAAAUGCAACCUUAGAAAGGUACAAAAUUGGUGAGCUUCCACCAAAAGAGAGACUUUUUCGCACUCCCAACGGUCUGAAGAUCUCGGGAUUGUAAUCUGAUCAGAUCAUCGAAGGUCGUCAGCGCGACGCAUUCGGGAAAAUAUCGAAUCUUACAUGAAAAAUAGAA